AUGUUUUCGUACUUCUUCGUCACGGAUCCGCUCCCACCGCCAGGCCGUGACGCUCCACUUGCUGAGGAAGUCAAGAAGCUCGAUAUUCCUGGUACCCUGGUUAUAGUUCCAUACGUCAUAUGCUUGCUUCUCGGACUUCAGUGGGGCGGCAUCAGGUAUGGCUGGUCCGACGUUCGAAUCAUCGUACUCCUGGUCGUGUUCGCAAUACUCGCUUUAGGGUUCGGAAUUUUGCAGUAUCGUCUUGGUGAACGAGCUAUGGUGCCACCCAAUAUAGCUAAGAAACGCAGUACGAUGGCGGCGAUGUGGUUCGCCGCGUGCUGUAGUGGGACCCUGGCGAUCACCGAAUACUACACCUCGAUCUACUGGCAGGGCGUUCGGGGUGAUACUCCGACGGUCGCGGGCUUGUUGUCUCUCGGUCUUAUUGUUGGAUUGAGCUUAGGCUGCAUCGUCUCAGGAUUUGGCAUUAACAUCGUCGGGUACUAUACACCUUUCAUGAUCACUACAAGCAUACUUGCACCUAUAGCCUCAGGACUUCUCACCACCAUCGACCUGGACGAAAGCAAGACAAAGGUCGUUGCAAUCUUAGCAAUGCUCGGAUUUGGCGUCGGUCUUGGGCUCGGUGUCCCUUUUCAAGCGAUGGCAGCCAUUCUGUCUCCUCAAGAAGUGUCCCUUGGUAUCGCCAUGGUCGGAUUCGCUGGAGGUCUGGCGUCAGCUCUUUUCAUCUCAGCAUCUGCCACUCUUUUCCAAAACAGGCUCGAAGACGAGAUCUCGAAAGUUGUCCCUGGAAUCGAUUCUACUGCUUUGAGCCACGCUGGUCUGUCUGACAUAAGAGGAUUGGUAGGUCAGCAAAAUCUCAAGGACGUUCUGACUGGCUAUAACCGUGCGACGGUUGAGACAUUGUAUAUGCCACUUGCUUUGUCGUUGUUGACAGUGGUCGGGUCAGCAACGAUGGAACGGGUUUCGGUGAAGAAGAAGCGAGAUUGA